UUCUUUCUGGGAGCGACUCCGUUCUGUUGAAGCCAUUUGUCCCGAAGCACUCGCCGUAGCAGCCACCGCCCAUCCCUCUUUGUGUGCCUGGAGUCGCCGCGGAGCCUGUGGCGGCGACGCUCGGUGUCGUGGCUGGAGGAGAGGGACGUUGUCGGAAGUUGCAGGCAGGCGGAUUCUCCCCCUUCCCGCCACCUGACAGGUCGCAAACAUGUCGGACAAAAGUGAAUUAAAGGCAGAGCUGGAGCGUAAGAAGCAGCGGUUGGCCCAAAUCAGAGAGGAAAAGAAGAGAAAAGAAGAAGAAAGGAAAAAGAAGGAAACUGAUCAGAAGAAGGAAGCAGUUGCUCCUGUGCAAGAAGAAUCAGAUCUUGAGAAAAAAAGAAGAGAAGCUGAAGCAUUGCUUCAAAGCAUGGGGCUAACUCCAGAAUCCCCCAUUGUUUUUUCUGAAUACUGGGUCCCUCCUCCUAUGUCUCCAUCCUCCAAAUCUGUGAGCACACCAAGUGAAGCUGGAAGCCAAGACUCUGGAGAUGGCGCAGUGGGAUCCAGGACGCUGCAUUGGGAUACAGAUCCAUCAGUUCUUCAGCUUCACUCAGAUUCCGAUUUGGGACGAGGACCUAUUAAACUUGGAAUGGCUAAAAUUACACAAGUUGACUUUCCUCCUCGAGAAAUCGUGACAUAUACAAAGGAAACGCAGACUCCAGUUAUGGCUCAACCCAAAGAAGAUGAAGAAGAAGAAGAUGAUGUAGUGACUCCUAAACCACCUAUUGAACCUGAAGAAGAGAAAAUUUUAAAGAAAGAUGAGGAAAAUGAUAGUAAAGCUCCCCCUCAUGAGCUGACUGAAGAAGAAAAGCAACAAAUCUUGCACACUGAAGAGUUUUUAAGUUUCUUUGACCAUUCCACAAGAAUUGUAGAAAGAGCUCUUUCUGAGCAGAUUAACAUCUUCUUUGACUACAGUGGCAGAGAUUUGGAAGACAAAGAAGGAGAGAUUCAAGCAGGUGCAAAACUGUCAUUAAAUCGACAAUUUUUUGACGAACGGUGGUCAAAGCAUCGGGUUGUUAGUUGUUUGGAUUGGUCAUCUCAGUAUCCAGAGUUACUCGUGGCUUCCUAUAAUAACAAUGAAGAUGCUCCUCACGAGCCGGAUGGUGUGGCCCUGGUAUGGAAUAUGAAAUACAAAAAAACUACCCCAGAAUAUGUAUUUCACUGCCAGUCAGCUGUGAUGUCUGCUACAUUUGCAAAAUUUCAUCCAAAUCUGGUUGUUGGCGGUACGUAUUCAGGCCAAAUUGUGCUGUGGGAUAACCGUAGCAAUAAAAGAACUCCAGUGCAAAGAACUCCACUGUCAGCUGCUGCACACACACAUCCUGUAUAUUGUGUAAAUGUCGUUGGAACACAAAAUGCUCAUAAUCUGAUUAGCAUCUCUACUGAUGGAAAAAUUUGUUCAUGGAGUCUGGACAUGCUUUCCCAUCCACAGGACAGCAUGGAAUUAGUUCAUAAACAGUCAAAGGCAGUAGCUGUGACAUCAAUGUCCUUCCCUGUUGGAGAUGUCAACAACUUUGUUGUUGGGAGUGAAGAAGGUUCUGUGUACACAGCAUGCCGCCAUGGCAGCAAAGCUGGAAUCAGUGAGAUGUUUGAGGGACAUCAAGGACCAAUCACUGGCAUCCACUGUCAUGCAGCUGUGGGAGCAGUAGACUUCUCACAUCUUUUUGUCACUUCAUCAUUUGACUGGACAGUAAAGCUUUGGACAACUAAGAAUAACAAGCCUUUAUACUCAUUCGAAGAUAAUUCAGACUAUGUUUAUGAUGUUAUGUGGUCACCUACCCAUCCAGCUCUGUUUGCAUGUGUGGAUGGCAUGGGGAGGCUGGAUUUGUGGAAUCUCAAUAAUGAUACAGAGGUGCCAACUGCCAGUAUUUCUGUGGAGGGUAAUCCUGCUCUUAAUCGUGUAAGAUGGACCCAUUCUGGAAGAGAGAUUGCCGUGGGUGAUUCUGAAGGACAGAUUGUUAUUUAUGAUGUGGGAGAGCAGAUUGCUGUCCCCCGAAAUGAUGAAUGGGCACGGUUUGGCCGAACACUGGCAGAAAUUAAUGCAAACCGGGCUGAUGCGGAAGAGGAAGCCGCUACCAGAAUACCUGCUUAGCCCCUAAAAAGAGGAUAGCUAGCCUCAGUGGGUUUGGAGAUGACUCUAAGUAGAUCCUAAGACUGUUUGCAUGCUUCUGUCUAAAUGAUAAUUAAAAGGAAAUUUCGUGGAUUAGACCAUGGAUUUAAUGCAGCUAGCAAAUCUUACAGUGUCCCUUUUUAUAUAAUAUGCAUCUUGUUUUGGAUAUGUGUCAUUUUUAAUACAGCUGACUAACUUUGCUGAAUGCAGCCUUUUUAAAUUCUUAUACACCAGGUGUAUAUUUGGUAUCAGUUAUUCUUUUGAGUUCUUUUCAAUUUAUAACACUGUAUACAUUUAUUUCUAAAGCACAGAUUAAAUAAGUUCUGCAUAUUUUUAAAUAAUCAUAAUGCCCUGUUAUACUGAUAAUGUUCUCAUAAUAUGUAGAAACAUUUAUCUUAGCCAUACCAUGCAUACAUCUAUCAAGUUACAUUCUGAUAUUCUUUUUCUUCUUUAUAAUUCAUGUAAUAGUUAUAUAUAAAUAAAAAAAUAUGGUUUAACUUUU